UAGGCGCACCUAGUUACAUCCAAUCAAGUUGUACAAGGGUAGCACAGGAUGGCAGUUCACUUUGCUCUAAGCUAAAAGAUCUUGAUGAUCCUCAGUGCAGUCUUCUGUUACUCAGACAUUGCCACGUCCCAAAAAUGAAUCAUCUUGCCAGGACUGUAUCUCCCAGGGAUGUAUCAGAAGCUGCGGGUAUCCAUGACCUCCUUACCAGAAAGACUUUCACUGACAUCAUAGGAUUGGAUCGGUUGGACGACACCAAGUGGAAACAAGCAUCCCUGAAAAUUAAAUUCGGUGGAUUCGGGCUCACGUCAAUUCGAGGUACAGCUCCUGCUGCAUUUUUGGCAGCAUGGGCACACUCACUUAAAGAACUCCCCAACAGAUUUCCAUCAAUGUGUCGGGACUUAGAAAAUCUCUAUCAAAGCAGCCCUAAGAAUGAUUCCUCUACCAUAAGGUCAACCUUGUAUCAAGCAGUGUCUAAUCUUCCUCCCAAGUCAAACUUGGACGAUGAAGAAGAAGUUAUAUAUCACACUCUAGAGGAGAUGAUCAAGAACCCCAGGAAACUACAGCAUCGUUUAUCAACGGACAUUUCCUGCAUGGAAGCAGCAACAUUUACCAAUAGAAUAGUUGAGGAAAAGGACGCGGGAAGAAUGAGAUCCUUGCAAGGACGAGGGGCGGGAGGAUGGCUUGAAACAGUCCCCACUUCAGACAAGCACGCACUAAAGCAGAAUGAAUUUCGUCUAGCGUCUUGUCUGAGGUUGGGUGUCUGUCUGCCAUUCAGUCAGCUCCUUGUAAAAUGUGAGUGUGGAGCAGAGCUGGACAGAGAAGGAUAUCACUUGAUUACAUGUAAGUAUGGGGGAGGUCCUGUCUGGACGCACAACACCCUAGUUUCUGGAUGGAGCGAGUGUCUCAGCGAUUUGCUCAUAUGCCACCAGAUUGAGCCAAGACACAGAUACAUCCACACUGAAGAUAGACCAGACAUCACAUUUUACGACGUAGACUCAGGAACAACAAAAGAGAUAGAUGUUGCUAUGGCUCAUCCCUGGAGCAAAGAUACCAUCAAGGGAGCGUCCACGACAUGUGGAUAUGCAGCAACAAAACGAGAGGCAAGGAAGGAAGUAAAGUAUCGCAAAGAAUCAUUACCAGAUGGUUCUAAGCCUUUUGUUACUCCUCUGGUGUUCGAACACUUUGGUCGUUGGGGACCCAAAGCAGAGGAAUUUUUAAAUGAACUUGCAAAGAAGUCCAAAGACAUGCUGGGAAGGAAAAAUGAAGCAGCGUUUAGAAGCUAUUGGAGAAGAAGAUUUUCUGUGAUUAUUCAGAAAUGUAACAGUAGAGUUGUUUUAAGAAAGCUAUCUAGGCUUUCAUUGAAUUGUUUGGAUGGACAAGACAAGCUAGAGAUGGACAAAGCCAUUCAUAGUUCUAUUCAUUAAUUAAAACGAAGAACAGUAGGAAAGUAGAACUUUUAGUACUGCAGCAAGUGAUGUAAGUAGUGACGUUUGAUGACAAUAAAACAAAUCUGUCUGUCUGUCUGUCUGUCUGUCUGUCUGUCUGUCUG